GAUGCCAGAAGCAAGGAGGUUGUUCGAUCAAAUGGCCCAGGUGGGGAUCCAAGUAAAUACAAUCACGUUCAAUGUUUUGAUUGAUGGAUAUGCAAAGAGUGGACAGAUGGAUCAGGCCAGUGCAACCUAUAGGGAGAUGCAAGCGAGGGGAUUAGUGCCAGACUCCUGCACCUUCAACAUUAUUGCUGCUAGAGCUCACAAGUUCGGGCUUUGUUGGGAUCAUCGAUUGGAUGAUGCCUGGGAGCUUCUGCUUGGUGCUAUUGAGCAGGGUGUUCCAUUGCGUGUUACUGGAUUUAAUGCAUUGAUCGCUGCUUAUAGUAAGGAGGGACUCCACGAAGAAGCUUCUGAACUGUAUAGAAUUAUGAACAAGUUAGGACUGGCACCAUCCUCGUCUACUUUUAAUUACUUGAUAAUGGGACUCUGCAAUCAAGUAAGACUUGAUGAGGCACAGCUUCUUUUAGAGCACAUGGUUAGCAAAGGAUAUUGUCUAAGUACAUCAUUUACUAUCAGCUUGGAUGCAUACUUCAGAGACGGUAAUGCAGUUGGCGCACUGAAAUGCUGGGAUGAUAUGAGCAAAAUUGGUUUGCAGACUGAUUUUAUUGCCUUCUCAGCAUAUAUUAAUGACCUAAGCCGAUUAGAUUACGUGAAUGAGGCUUAUCAGGAAUUUGCUGAGAUGACGAGCAGAGGAAUUGUACCAAACAAUAUUACUUACAACUCCAUCAUAUCUACACUUUGUAAGGCAGAUUAUGUCUGUGUGAAUCUUUCAAGAGACUACUUCUGA